CUGUGAGCCAUGGCCUCCCUGCAGACCUUGUCCAAGAGCUUUCCAGGAUGGGUUUUCUUCUGCUGCUGUUUCUGUCUCCCCCUUCUUCUCACCAGCUCUCUGCCUCUGAAAGGGGCUUCCACUGCCCAUCACACCUGCAGGCUCAGGAAGAUCAACUUCCAGCAGUUCUACAUCAGGAAUCGCACCUACACCUUGGCUAAAAUGGCCAGUGCCUCAGACAAAGACACGGACAACAGAUUGAUUGGGCAGCAGCUCUUUGUUAACAUCAGGGAAAACAACCGCUGCUACCUGAUGAAGAGGGUUGUGGAGUUUGUAAUAAAAGAUGUUCUCCUCACUGAAGUCAAGAACCAGUACCCUUAUGUUGAGGAGGUGGCACAGUUCUUGGCAUCCCUGACCUCAGAGCUGAGAAGCUGUCAAUUCUCAGGAAAGAGAGAACACAUUGAAAAGAACCUGGAACAAAUGAAGAACAAAAUGGAACAGUUGGGAGAAAAUGGAAAGACUAAAGCCAUUGGAGAGCUGGAUUUAUUGUUUGACUACAUGGAAAAUGCCUGUACUGAUGUCCCAAAGAAGGGAGGUAACAAGAAGAAAAACUGA